AACUACGACAGUACCGGAAAGUGGUGACGUAAAAUUGCUCAUAUCGAUUCAACGAGGCACAGGCAAUUUUGAAGUUCUUGAAAAAAAUUCUCUGUUAGUCAGUGGACGUAUACAGGUUUGUCCAAAUGCAAGUCAACGUCAAAUUGACCUACCACAUCUUACUUCGUUCAGUGACGAUAAAUUAGAAAUUCUGGAACAAGAGCAAAUAUAUCGAGAACUUUGCCAAAGAGGUUAUAAUUACAGCGGUUUUUUCAAAGCCAUUAAACGAUGCAAUUUUGACAUUUCUGUCGGUCUGGUCAAGUGGGAAAACAACUGGGGUACUUUUAUGGAUAAUAUGUUUCAACUGAAAAUUCUCAGUUCCGACACAAGAUUACUUUACGUUCCUGCUGGCAUUAAGAAAAUUAUAAUGGAUCCUUUGAAACAUAUACAUAUUGCGAAAAACCAGGAUGGAGAAGAAUGUAUUUUACAUGUUUAUCUGAACCAGGAGUCUAACAUGAUCAAGUCUGGCGGAAUUGAAAUACACGGACUACAAUUCAGAUCCAUUCUCAAGAAAAAACUAGAGUUGGAACAAGUUCUAGAAAAACACGUAUACGUCCCCAAUAAUUCGUUUCUAGAAUUAGAAGAAGCUGUGAGAGUCAACACUCAGAUUAUUCUAGAAAAUAAUUUAGACGACAACUUUAAAGCCGUGGAAAUCAUAAAUGAACAAACGAAUAGAGAUACUGAACCUGUCCUAGUCUUCGUGAAAAAAGCCCUGAAAUAUUUUCCACUAGUGGACUCUGAUCUUACCAUUUCGUCAACAGUAUCCCCAAACAAAACACCAGGCAUAAAAUUUGAGACGGUUAACUUAACACCACAGAGUAAUAUACUUUUGUACAUUGGUAGUAAACUUUUACAACAACCAAACACUUUAAAACAACUUUUCACACCGCUUACCCAAAACGGAUUUAUCUUAACACGGGAAAAUGUUGAUGUAAAAGUACAAAACGCUACUAAUGACAUAGAAAUUCUCACUGACUACACAACCCCAAAUGAAAGAAUCAUACUAUUGCGGAAAAAGGACGACAUUUUUGUGCCCAGAUUUAUUGAAGUAUCCUCGAACAAUUUUGAGUGGCUAUCCGAAUUACAAAAAUCUUUAAAUCUUCAACAAAAUAUUAUAACAUUUGCAUCAAAUCGAGAUCCUGAAGGAAUAUUGGGUUUAAUAAAUUGCAUCAGAAAAGAAACAAAUGGGAGUUCAGUGAGGUGCUUCUUUAUGAUAGAUGAUGCUCAAGAAUUUGAUCCCCAACACCCAUUCUAUAGUAAACAAAUCAGUAAAAACUUGGCUGUUAAUAUUUAUAAGGAUAAAUCGUGGGGAACAUAUCGAAAUCUUCUAUUGGAAGAAAGACCGAAGAUUAAAUGCGAACAUUCUUACGCACAUUUUAAAACUGGUGGCGGCAUUUCAAGUUUUGAAUGGAUAGAGGGACCUUUACUUGAAGAAGUACCAAUGAAACAAGAGCAACUUUUGAUUUCAACAUUUUAUUCGUCAGUAAACUUUAAAGAUGUUUUGGCAGCUUCUGGGCGUGCAAAUCUAGAAAUAUUGCAAACUCAUUCACUUGACCAAAAUCUAUUAGUAGGAUUUGAAUUUUCAGGAAAAGAUUCAAGUGGCCGCAGGAUAGCUGGAAUGACUAACAAUCAAGGAAUUUCAGCUUCUGUCACUUUGGAUUCUUCUUUAGCUUGGAAAGUUCCUGACGCUUGGACGCUUGAAGAUGCGGCGACAGUUCCCGUUGUGUAUUCGGCUGUAAUUUAUGCUGUUUUGGUGGUUGGCGAUAUGAAACCGGGUUCUUCAGUUCUUAUUCACUCCGCCACUGGUGGUUUUGGACUAGCUGCCUUGAACAUUUGUCUUUAUUAUAAAUGCGACGUUUAUGUAACCGUUGGCACUCACGAAAAAAGAGCCUAUUUAAGAGAAAAUUAUCCACAAAUUCCAGACAAUCAUAUUGGAAAUUCACGAAACACCUCAUUCGAACAAAUGAUCAAUAGACAAACCAGGAGUAGAGGCGUUGAAUACAUUUUGAACACUUUAAGCGAGGAUAAACGGCCAGCUUCGAUUAGGUGUUUAGCACAAGGAGGACAGCUAAUGGAAUUUGGGACGUACGAUUUGGCGAAUGACAGUGCUUUUAACAUUUUAUUAAUGAAAAAAAAUGCCACCUAUCAUGGGAUCUCGUUAGACGUUGUGUUUAGAAAUUUUAAUGAAAUGAGGACUAAAGUGGUUAAACGUUUAAUAGAUGGAAUUGAAGCAGGUUUCGUGAAACCACUGCCUAGGGUUGUAUUCAAUGCUGCUGAAAUUGAAAAAUCCUUCAGAUACAUGAUGGCAGGUAAACACAUUGGCAAAAUUUUGAUCAAGCUGAGGAAUGAGGAAGAGGACAAGGUUCACAUUAACCAAAUAAAUAAACUGGAAAUUAUGUCAAAUCCAGGAAUCCAUUUUAACCACCGUUACACUUACGUCAUUAUUGGAGGGCUAGGCAGCGUCGGUUUAGAAUUAAGUGAUUGGUUGGUUCUGAGAGGUGCCAGAAAACUAGUACUAAAUUCUAGAUCUGGAAUUCAAAAUGGUUACCAUCAGCGCAGAAUAAAUAUUUGGUUAACAUACGGUGUUGAAGUUAAAAUUUCCACGAAAUACACAACCACUGAGCAAGGAUGUGAAGAUCUAAUUAAAGAAGCAAGUAAGCUUGGACCUAUAGAUGCUAUUUUUAAUCUAGAUGGACUGUUUGAAAAUCAAACGAAAGAAAAUUUAUAUGCUUCGUUAGCUCGCAACACACUAUAUUUGGAUCGCGUAACUAAAAAAUUGUGUCCCAAAUUGAGGUAUUUUGUCAUAUUUUCGUCAGAAUCCUGUCGACGUGAUAAUCCAGGUGAGAUCAACAACAAUAUGGCAAACUUUAUUAUGGAAAGGAUCUGUGAGAGUCGAAAACGGGAAGGACUACCAGCCGUAGCUAUCCAAUGGACGACAAACGGUGAAGUAGUUAAAAAUUUAUUAAAAGAUUUCUUGAAAUUGCGAAUGUAUUAAAGGUU